UCUAUUAUGUACCAUCUGAACAACUUGUGCCCAGGACGACAAGACAGUUUCGUGAGACCUGAGCCUGCUGCUCAAAGAUUGGAGCGACUGAGGAAAGAACGACAGAACCAGAUCAAGUGCAAAAACAUCCAGUGGAAAGAGAGAAGCUCGUCUCAAUCAGCAGACGACUUGAGCUCACUUUUUGAAAAGAAGGACUUUAAGGACAGGCCCCGGAGCACAGGCAGUAAAUCCACACUCUCGCUGCGGCUAGAACAGUGUCCUCAGCAGCUCAACAACCCCUUCAACGAGUACUCCAAAUUUGAUGGCAAGGGCCAUGUUGGUACAACGGCAACCAAAAAAAUUGACGUCUACCUCUCAAUGCAGUCGACCCAAGAAAAGCUUCACCCCAUGAUGGUGGUCACGAUGGCUAACGCUCGGGUCCACGAUCUUAUCGGGCUCAUCUGCUGGCAGUACACCUGUGAGGGCCGCGAACCCAAGCUCACUGAAAACGUCAACACUUACUUCCUCCACAUCGCUGAAGAUGACGGGGAGGUGGACACAGAUUUCCCUCCGCUGGACUCCAACGAGCCCAUACACAAGUUUGGCUUCAGCACGCUGGCUCUGGUCGAGAAGUAUUCAUCUCCUGGACUGGGGCCCAAACAGUCACUCUUUGUUCGAAUAAAUGCCGCUCAUGGUUUCUCCCUGAUCCCAGUGGACAGCCAGAAAGUCACCAUGAAGGAUAUUCUGCAGAAGGCCCUCAAAAAGCGGAAGGGCUCCCAGAAAGGAUCAGGUCCCAUGUAUCGUCUGGAGAAGCAAACCGAACCGAAUGUGGCGGUGGAUUUGGACAGUACGCUGGAGAGCCAGGGAACCAUGGAGUUCUGCUUGGUCCGAGAAAACAGUUCUCGAGGCGAGGAGAGCUCAGAGGAGGACCCGCCUAUAGACAUCACUACGGUACAGGACAUGUUGAGCAGCCACCACUACAAGUCCUUCAAGAUCAGCAUGAUCCACAAGCUCCGCUUCACCACAGACGUGCAGCUAGGAAUUUCUGGUGAAAAGGUGGAGAUAGAUCCUGUCACAAAUCAGAAGACAAGCACAAAGUUCUGGAUCCGACAGAAGCCAAUCUCCAUCGACUCGGAUCUGCUGUGUGCCUGUGACCUUGUGGAGGAGAAGAGUCCAAGUCAUGCAGUAUUUAAGCUCACAUAUCUAAGCAAUCACGAUUACAAAGCCCUGUACUUCGAGAGUGAUGCUGCUACUGUCAAUGAGAUUGUGCUCAAGGUGAACUACAUUCUGGAGUCCCGUGCCAGCACGUCGAGGGCGGAGUACUUCGCCCAGAAACAACGCAAACUGAACCGUCGCACGAGCUUCAGUUUCCAGAAGGACAAAAAGUCGGGCCAGUAGAGCUGGCGGCCAAACCGAUCCGCAGACUCCGAACCGAAUGGCCUGUGUGAACAGAGGUAGAGCGAUAGACGGGAAACAUAAAGAAUAGAAGGAUGGCGAGAAGUUUAGACGAAAAUGCGUAGGAAAUGCGAGACAGACGUCUCAUCCGGAUGGAGAAAAUUAGCCUCUCAUGGUCGGCCUUUCCUGGACUGACGGUCCUUAAUCAUAUCAGAGCACUAAUGCUCUCUGCUGUCACUCGAAUGUACUUGCAAAACCAACCAACAAUCUAAUUGAACAAUUAUAUUAACGUUUGAAGCCACAGCCAUCGCCCAGACCAGACAAAACCAUCGGCUGGACUCUGAAUGCCAAGGACCGAGAACUUGCUGCUGUUUGCGUCAAAGACUUACUUCCACUGCCUACAAACCAACUGUACAUAAACGCGCACCAAACGAACGCAGUCGGAACCUUAUAAGCCAGAGAGAGCAAGCGAACCGUAUUAGCUGUUCCCGUAUGUAUCAAAGACGUUAACUUAAACCGAAUCGGACACUGACACGUAAAGGGAUCGCAAUUUUUUUUUACGAAAAUGUAAAUAGCAAACUCAUUCAGGGUCUGAUGACAAACCCUCUUUGGCCAUAGUACUUCAGUGCCUGCUACAAAUCAAUAGGACGAAUGCGUUCUUCGAGAUUUUAAGCGUCCGCUGGUUAAGUCGGGAAACUCUUUUUACCACCAGAGGAGGUUAAUAGGUUAAGGAAUGACAGAUUUUUAAUGAUCAAAUAUGAAAUUAAUAACUACUUUUUACUGUGAUGUGUUUUUCCCCUCUGCAUUGUAUCUUUGGAUUGCAUAUAUAUAUAUAUAUAAUAACGAACCAAUCGCCGUCUGUCUCUUAUCAACGGGUGUUUUGGUUUAUUCUGACUGUCCUCUCGGGCUGCAAUGGGAAUGUAUGACCGUCUUUGCUACAUUUCUUUCUAGAUGUUAAAGAUAACAUUAUUACGCUAGGUUCAUUUCUUCCGUGUCCGUCGGCUCGUUCUGCCGUCUCAACCUGAAACUUUCGCUCUAUAACUCCACUUCAAAUGCUGCUGUUGUUAAACUGGAUUCAGGGUGUUCAUUCUAUCCAAAACUGUUCUGACUCAGGUUUCCGACUGCCAUGUUUUCUUGACUGAUCUUGUUUUGUUUCGUUACGUUUUUUUACGUCUGUCAAGCUGACGAAUGGACAAAGAGAGCGUGUGUUUUCCCAUGACGGGGAUAACGGCUUAAUAGACAUUUCAAAUAAAACUUUAUUUAUAAUAUUCCGAUGACCUGGGGGGGGAUCAUGCGGCCUAUGGAAUCAAUAUUUGCUACAGUACAUGUAUACUGUAUAUACGUAGAUUUUUUAAUUAAAGA